AUGGCACAACGAGCAAAAGAGCUUUUGGUACUUUUCUUUUUGGCAGUGUUGUCCAAGGCGAUGUCCAUAAGGCAGCACCAAAGCACUAACGAGCCCACUAACUCCAUUAAUGGAAGCUUCUGCUUGAGUUGGAGAAUGGCGGUGGAAGCAAACAAUGUGCUUCCAUGGCGUACACUUCCAAUUCAGUGUUUGCAAUAUGUUGAGGAAUACAUGAUCCACGGGCAGUACGAACAGGACUUGGAAUUGAUAAUGGAACAGAUUUUGAGCUUUGUGAAUGGUAUACCCCUCGCUGGUGAUGGCAUGGAUGCUUGGAUUUUAGAUGUUGAUGACACUUGCAUCUCCAACAUCUAUUAUUACAAAGGCAAGAAAUAUGGGUGCGACCCAUAUGAUCCAGCAGCGUUUAGGGCAUGGGCAAUGAAAGGAUGGUGCACAGCAAUUCCUCCUGUAUUAAGGCUAUUUAACAAGUUGAGAGAUAAAGGAUUUAAGGUAAUCGUACUUACCGGAAGAGAUGAAGAGACACUUGGUCAAGUUACCAAUGACAACUUGCACAAUCAAGGGUUCAUUGGCUACGAGCGACUCAUUAUGAGGACUGCAGCAUAUAAAGGACAAAGUGCAGUAAAGUAUAAGUCCGAUAUAAGGAAGCAAUUACAAGAUGAAGGUUACAGGAUAUGGGGUAACGUUGGGGACCAAUGGAGUGAUCUCCAAGGAAACUCUUCUGGAAACCGUACAUUUAAGCUCCCUAAUCCCAUGUACUUUGUUCCAUAG